AUGAAAACGUAUUCACGUGAAAUAGAAAGAUUAUGGCGUGAAACUACAUGUUUUCGUGAUGAUACAUUGCAUCCAAUUCAAACACCUAAUAUUUAUGAACAAGCAACUCGUCUUAAAAGUCUCAAUGGUUUUGAUAAUAUUUCUCAAUAUGAUAUUCAUAGUACUUAUGAUACAAAUGAUGAAUUAAUUAAAACAAUUCCACCAAUAUCUUUUUCAUCAAUUUGUUCAUCUGAUUGUAGUUCGUUUUCACGUUUUAUUCCAUUUGAAAUUCAUCAUCCAUAUUCAACAACAUCAUUAAAUAAACAUCCAUAUCAACAUUCAGUUUCAACAACUGAUUUAGAUUCAUUCAAUCCUUCGUUGAAAUCUUCAUUGAUGUGUCAACAAUGUCUUCCACCAGAUGAUGAAUGUUAUGAACCUAUUACAUAUGAAAUUUUUGUCAAACAACAACAUCAACAACAACAGGAAAACAAUACAAAUGAAAUAGAAUCUUGUUGUAGUUCAUACAAUAAUGAAAUAUUAUCAGAUUCAUAUACAAUUGACUGCAAUAAUCUUACCGAUGUUGUUCAUGAAGAGCCUAAUCAAUAUCAAUUAGACGAUAAAUCAACAGUUCCUAUGACACCGCCACUACCUUUACCUGCUCCAAUUUCAUCUUCUAUUGAAAACAUGUAUUCGUCUGACAUACAGAAUUAUUCUUUGCCAAUGCCUUGUCAUCCAUUUAGUAAUUCUUUGAAAAAUCAUUCAUUAAUAAUUAGUUCAGCGAUAUCAAAAGCAAAACAAAAAACAACAUCGAAUAUUAGACAACGAGACAAUAAAACAAUUUACUUAUGCUCAUAUCCUGGAUGUGUAAAAACUUAUUCAAAACUAUCCCUUUUACGUUCUCAUGAGAGAAUGCAUUCUGGUAUUAAACCAUAUGCAUGUACAUGGCCAGGAUGUGAAUGGAAAUUCGGACGAUCUGAUGAAUUAACACGACAUUUUCGAAAACAUACCGGUGUAAAACCAUUUGCCUGCAAAUAUUGUGAUCGAGCAUUUUCUCGUUCCGAUCAUUUGACACUACAUACAAAACGUCAUCUAUCAAAUAAAAUUUAG